AUGAAAUGUCUUGUGCUUUCGAAUUAAUUUCACCUGUUGCCUUUAAAUAUGAUUAUCAUGUGUUAUCAUCGUUCAAGGUGUUCUUUGCACCGAAAGGUAAAAUGCAUCUGUUCUUUGCACCUGUGAGGCAUUAGAUGAGCCAUUUUGCCCUACCAUCAGAUUUAGAGCGAGUUCUUUUUGUUCCAGAAUCAAUUUACAAUAUAUUCGUAUAAUAUUUGUAAAAACUAAUAUUUGGAAUUAUUCCAAUUGAAUUCUCAUUUAUCUAACUAUGGCCGAGAAAGCACUCUGAAGUACAUCUUUAUACAAGGGCACAAUAAGGAUGAAGGCACAUGCCCAUUCUGUAGUGUUCAAUGAGAUGACCACUUGCCUGUCCAUCAAGUUAUCAUGCAGACAUUAGAUUCGACCACCAUCUCCCGAAGAUGAUUGGAGGAUAUAUUGAAUUCCCAUGAUGAUAAAGAGAGUUGAUUUUACACAUUUAGAAAAGUUGUUAUAUUUGGAAACAUUUACGUAUAUUAUCUUUUAUCUAUUUAUUCAAUGCAAUGGGUAAAGGAAAGAGACUAUACCACAGAAAAAAUUCACCGUUUAAAAAAAAAGUGGCUAGAAUUGCCUGGUCUAGACUUGCCAUCCAAAUACCUGAUUAGAACCGCGGAAUGCCUGUCCAUCAAGUUUCCAUGCAUGGUCACUGGCCAGCAUGCACAUUUGACUGCAUCACACUUUUUGUUUAGUCCAUAGUUUCUUCUUCUUCCCAGACUAGACACUCAAAUUACCCUAGUCGUUUAACUCUUUAUCACGUCAUGAAACAUCAAUGAUGUCUUUAUACCAUUGCCACACCAUGGGGUCUUAGAUAUUUUUUAAUUUUCUGAUAUGCCUGGUUUUCUCUUGGUUUAAUGCUCUUCGAAGCUCACAUGAAAAUCUGUAAUAAAUGUCUUGACUUUUCUUCUCAAUUUUAUUCCACUGUUUAUCUUUUACUUAAAUCAGGGGGCAGUGCGAGCUAUUGCCAAGGAGCUAACGUUUCCUGUACCAAUUUUUUCCACUGUUUAUCUUUUACUUAAAUCAGGGGGCAGUGAGAGCUAUUGCCAAGGAGCUAACGUUUCCUCUACCUCUUCUAGCUAUAUCUCACCAGCAAUUAAUACGUGGUACUUGUUUGAAUAAUUAUUGAUUUCAUCAUGUUAUAUUUCAUCUAUUAUUCAUUGCAUUCGUGGACAUUUUGAUCCAUCACUGAUUAGUUUUUUUCGCAGGUAAAUUGAGAGAUCCUGCUUCUGCCGCACUUGUUGAGGUCUGCUCCUUGCAAGGCUUGCCCAGUCAAAUCGUUGCAUUUUUAUUAAAUUUUAGAGCGCGCGACCCAAACCGAUUAGUUCAUUUUCUUAUGUUCAUUGUUUCAUUCUGCCUACAGGUCUGGGAAAAUUAUUUUGGAGUCAGUAUUAGAGAUGCAGCUGAUAAGGAGUUAUACAGUCCCAGCCAUCUAGCUGAAAAAUUUUCAGCUGCAUCAGCGACUGUGGGGAGAAUUGGUUUCAUUGGCCUUGGGGCAAUGGGUUUUGGAAUGGCAACUCAUUUACUAAAAUCAAACUUUUCUGUGAUUGGUUAUGAUGUAUUAUUCUUUUCUUAUCUCGUUGUACCUUAUUAUUCGAUGAGUUGAUUCAUUUUUUCUAGUCUGACUGGGAGUAGACAAUAUUAUUCAGUUUCAGUCAUUGCAUCAUUUCCAUCGCUGAAUAAGUAAGAUGUAAAAUAAUUCAGCAUUAUUUGUUCUGCUUUCAAGCAUUCCUUCGCUUUUUACAAAGUCUCUUAGCAUUGACUUUGUGAAAUAUAUCAGUUUACAGUUAUCCACAUAUUAUCAAUGCAUUUGACCUUACUUCCUUAUGGAGCAUAUUGUGCGUUUUUGUUAGUGCACUAUCUUUCUUCACCGCGAACACUGGACUGCCUCAAGGAGGCAAAAACUGAAUUAUCUCAAUCUGUACACACAGAAAACCGUCCUUGGAAAAGAUAUGAAAUUGUAACUAAAGAUUAGCAAGCUUUGCCAAGUAGACUGAUUCUUGUCUAAAGCGGCCAGCUUGGAUCACGAUUGAGGAACCUUAAUGUAGUUCAAAUUGGGGAAAUUUGGUUCCCCUUGAAUGUUAAGAAAAAGGUAAAACGUAAAGAUUGAGGUGAGAAAUCAGAUUUCUCGGAUAGGAUUCCACUUGAAAUGGUCUUCUCCUAGAUAUCCAAGUCUGAUUUGCACACAGCCAAUUUGACAUCUAAUCAUGUAUAGAAGACCUUGAGAUUAUCACCAUUUGUUCAUACCCUAGUCUCUUGUUUUUCUGGUUCAAGUCCUUAUAGUCUCGGAAUCCUUAACCCUCAAAUGGCAUCAUAUUGAAAACAUUCUAUUCUUUGGGUCAUUAAGCUACUCAUCUAGUAUUUUUUCCUCAAAUAUUUUACUAGACAACGUAAAGUGUCUUAGGCUAGUCACUAAUCUUUAGUGCAAGAAUAUAAUGUAAAGGGGAACAAAAACUGUGCACGCCACAAUGGAACACAUGAAUUUUAAUAGUGAUUCGAUCAAUCCCAAAACCUACUCUUCCACCUAUUCCCUUUUCAGUAUUUUAUAAUAAGUUUCUAUCAACCCUAUUAUAUAUUGGCUUUCUUAAUAUAUUAAUCAGACCUUUAAACAAUGUUAACUUUCUUAGGAUACCAAUCACUUCGUCAAGAUUUCCAAGCUACAAAAAAAUAAUGAGCCCAAACAAAAUACUCAAAAAGCCUAUUAAAUAUGAGGGAAGCAUUUCUGAAGUGAUGGGAGAUGCAACUCGAUCAUUUGAACUUAGUUCACUUUAUUGGUUUGAACACGAGCAACAAUAGGGAUUUAAACUUUUGAUUUGUAGGAGUUUUGUAAGACUUCCUUUCAUAUCCUUUAAUAGUCUCCAAUCGCUAACUAGAUGUUGUCAAGAUUUCCUCUACAAAUGGUCAGGUUUUAUAAACCUUUUUACUUGCUAUUUUCAGCAAUAUUGUUUCUGUGGAACCACGUGUUGGCACUUUUGAGUUUUUGUGUUGGCACACGUCCAAGAGUGGACGACCAGACGCUCACUUUUACUUCAAGAUUGGACACGAGAUAUGAUUAAAAUCUCUACACACAAAUCCACUUCUUUUUUGCAUAAAUUGCUCUAUAACCUUAAGGGAUCAAUAUAUCUUACUGACUUCAUUUUUUAUCAUUUUUUUCUUGAAAACCUUCAUUUCAUUAUUUAAAACUCAUGCAAAAUAUUUACAAUAAUUGAUAUAAAAAUAGAAACUUGGUAAACAUCCAAAUCAACUUAUUGUGUUCAACACAACCCAUCAUCGAAAAAAGUUAUUAUUAUGCUUCUCGUUCACGCUCACAAGGUUAUGGUCUUCAGUGCAUUAGUACAUUGAUGCUUCUUUUCUAACAAUUUUCUGAGUUUCACGAGAAAGUUGAAUCGUAUGUGCUUUCUGAGAAAUUUUCCAUCUUAUGUAAAUCAUAUAUUCUGUCAUUUAUCUAUGUAUGAAGUGUUUUAAGUUAGAAUCUUAGGGUAUCUUAAUAUCAAUAAUAUUGAUGUGAAAAAGCUGGUUUCAAAUAUUAAUUUAAUUAGUUAUGAAUUCUUGUAUUUCUAGCAUAAUGACAAUCUAAGUUUGGGAUAGAAACCCUAAUGGAUGUAGGAAAGCUCUAAGAGCGAACAACUCUAUGAAAGAGAAGAUUGAGCGAGAACGAUGUUUUAUCUUGAAACAAGCAGAUCCUCUGAAUAUCGUUACAAAUUGACCUAGAUAUCCUGAAAUAAGGCCAGCCAUCAAGGGGAACAGUAUCAAAAAGACGUUAGAGAUUAUUUCUGGACUAUUAUAGUUUUUUUAACGGCUAUAAUCACCUGUCUUACACUCUUUUUCCUCUUGUGCUUAGACUUAUCUCGUUAUUUAGAAAUUAGGCUAAAACAGUCAUCUGCAUCAUCUCCUUUCAUUAUAUGUUUAUUUGACAAAUUAUAGUUCUUUUUUUGCUCAUUUCAUGCAGGUGUAUGAGCCAUCGUUAACUAGAUUUGCAGAUGUUGGUGGUUUAAUUGGACAUUCACCUGCGGAAGUAUCUAGAGGUAAUUUUCGAUGUGUGCUUUUUGUCAGCAUAAAGUCACAUGCAGACUGAAAUUUUGGAUCAUUCAUGAAGACUCUACAAGAUUAUACUUUUCUACUCAUAGUCUAAUAAUGUAUUACAUGAUAUAACCUUAACCCCUGUGCUGCAUUAUAUUCAUAUAACAACUCUUAUUGGACCUAGUGUGCCAUAAUAUAUAAUUGUUGUGUACCAGAUGUGGAUGUGCUGAUAAUCAUGGUUGCAAAUGACAUUCAAGCAGAAAGCAUUCUGUUCGGUGAUGGUGGAUCUGUGUCAGGUAUUCGUAAUGAAUGUACUGCCGAUGUUAUAACGAUUGUGUAGUGCGUCUUAAUCAUGAUGUUUUUGCAGCCCUUCCUGUUGGGUCAUCCAUUAUUCUUUCAUCUACUGUCUCUCCUGGCUAUGUGACUCAGCUGGAGCAACGCCUAAAAAGUAAAUUCUUUCUCCUUCUUAUUGUAAAUUGGCAAUGCCCUUUAUUUCAUUGCCUGGUAAGAAUAUUUUUCUCUUAGAUAUUGAUCGGCUGAGAUAUUGGGUCACCUUUUCUUUUCUUCUUUGAGAAAGUAGGGGCUCUUUAUUUUUCUCAUUGAAGUUAGUUAUUGGUAGAUGUCAUUUGUAAAGAAAAGAAGUCAAUUCUAGAAUGUUACAUUAUUCUCUAUCCCUGUGAUGCUCGCAAGUGUGUUUAGAAUACGCAGGCUUCCAAGCAAACAGGUCAACCAAUGAGGAAUCUAGCCAACAUCCGCUUGUGGUUGUACCUUUUGUCUAUGGUGCAUGUGACAUGGCCUAAAAGAAUAUGUAUGCGUUUGAGAUGCUGUGUUUGAAAAUUUGUACACUGGAUAUGGCUAGUUCAGAUUCGCAAUUAAAUCUAUCAACCUCGUUCACUCAAUGACAAUUGAUUGAUUUGGAGGGCUGAAUUAUUUUACUAUAUGAGACAGUGAAUCAGAUUUGGUACGAUAUCAUAAACUAUAAGUCCAUCCGCUUUCAUAAAACGCUACCAAUGACAGAAAUGGAAUGUUAAUCUCUUUGUUGAUUCCAUUUACUUAUUACCAUAUGAUACUUUCCUCCAUCAAAUUUUAUUUAUCUGCUGUUGACUGUUUCCUAGAUUAUAAUAGAGUAGUUUUAUCACAGACGAGCACAAAAACUUGAAGUUGGUGGAUGCGCCUGUUUCUGGUGGUGUCAAAAGAGCCGCGGAUGGAACACUUACAGUAUGAUUGUCAUUUUCUCGAGAACUAAUUGUUGAAAUGGUUUUUGGUGGAUGUUGACUGCAUAUACAUUAAUUUAUCGAAUUUUACGAGUUCAAACUUUUUUCCACCCUAGAUAAUGGCAUCCGCUACUGAUGAAGCUCUUGAGCAUUCAAGUUCCGUUCUUUCAGGUAGAAUUAAUUCCAUGCAAGUUCAGUCCUUUCAUGCAAUCAUAGUUCUUUGCUUGUUGAAGAAUUAAUUCUCUAGUUGUCUAGAAAUUAAUGGCUCCUGGUUUUUUCUUUAAAAACAAUUCCAGCAUUAAGUGAGAAGCUCUAUGUUAUAAGAGGUGGAUGUGGAGCUGCAAGGUAAUGGAACAGACACAGCCCUCAUUUACUUUUCCUGUAAAUGAGAUACUUUAAAAUCUAGAUGUACUUGUUUGAAACUCACGUGAACAUUACGUUUCACGGUUUCUUUUAAAUAUAUUCUUUAAAUUUCAUUAUUGAGAGAAGAUGUCUGAGGAGCUUACAUUCCUCUUCUGAUGGCCAGUUCUGUAAAAAUGGUCAACCAAUUGCUAGCUGGAGUUCAUAUAGCAGCAGCAGCUGAGGCAAUGGCAUUUGGGGCUAGAUUGGGACUUGGUACAAGAAUGUUGUUUGACAUAAUCACGAAAAGUCAAGGAAACUCAUGGUAUUCAUGAAAUUUCAAUUUUUCAACUUCGACAUUAGAAUUCAAUUAACAUUUGGUCCUCACUUACUAUGCACAGACAUCAUGUCACAAAUCAAAACUGCUCUGUGAAAUUUAUCAAUCUAUGAUUAAGAAAGGUUGCUACUGAUUUAAUGAUUGAGAUUUUUUAUGAUCCACCUCAGGAUGUUUGGAAAUCGUGUGCCACACAUGCUGGACAAUGAUUACACGCCAUAUUCAGCUGUUGAUAUCUUUGUGAAGGAUCUUGUACGGAUUUAUGUCAAAUUUCUUCUUUCAAUUUUUUUACCUCGAUUGUGUGCCUGCCAUUUUCUACUCAUGCGUCAAUUUUGUUCAGGGAAUUGUUAACAAUGAAGGAUCAGUCCUUAGCUUACCCCUCAACCUUUCUGCUGUUGCUCACCAGCAGUUUCUAGCAGGUCCUCUACAAUUGGGGUUUUAGAUGAUAGUUUUUUUACCUUAGUCUUCUUUCAAUGGCUUGGAUCUUUCUCACAUAUACAUGUCAACAAAAAUUCACGUUCGUGGGUCCUGCAGCAUCUAAACUAAUGUACCUAUAAUAUACCUUUCAUAGAUAUCUAUUAACUUUGCAAUACUGUAUCUCCUCUACAUCUUUCCUUAUUCGUGUUCUAACAGCAUGUUAGCAGUUGUCUACCAAUCCGUAUCAUUAUAUUGAUGUUUAAACCGUCAUCUAAUGGGGCAAUGUUUUGAUUUAUUAGGUUCUGCUUCUGGAUGGGGCCGACUUGAUGAUGCUGCUGUUGUCAAGGUAUUCAAUUUUUUAUGCAGAGUUCCUUUCAUUACGAUGAACAGCCUUGAGAAAUAAUUAAAAUGCCAAAAUGGGGACAAAAACAACGGAAGUUGUAUUCGGAUCAAGUGCCCGGAUUUGCCAGGCUCAGUCUCAGGGAGAGCUGGAUUCAGAUUAAAAAGGCUCUAAUUAUUACUUCUAUUAAGUAUUUAUCUGUAAGCAUUUGCUAAAGAAGACUGAAUUUAACAAAAAAUUAUGGACGAUUUUUACAUGUGGUAAAUAGAUCGCAAGACAGACUCCCAAUUACAGUUGUCGAGGAUUCCUAGUAAUAUAUCGAAGAAAAUUUGUCUCUAACUUGCCCAGUAACCUUAAUGACACCUCUUGUACGUUUGAACGAUUUUCUGCUUCAGAGAACUAAUGGGUAUCUGAGUCAACAAUAGAUUGUACAACCCUAACCUAGUUUAUAUGUAUAGGUCAACAUUAGAUUAUACUACCCUGGGCUGCUUCAUUUGUAUUACCGGUCUACUUCUCCACUUUUUGUUUAUUGUGGGUACAGUGGAUGAUGUUUAUUUAUUGGUAGUGUCUAGGCAAAACUCUAUUCUUGAGUAAUACAUUACAUUUGUGCGCUAGUUGAUUUUAUGAAUAAUCGAUGUGUUAUGCUAGUCUGGUGGUACAUUUUAUCUUUAUUCCUCUUUUAUUCCUCAAGAAAAGAUAGUUAUUUACCCUUUUAACUGGAUGAGUUAUAAUCGCUACUUCGUUGGUUUCAGAGUUGAGACCACUUGCUAUUUUCUCGUUGUGUUGACAGGUUUAUGAGAAACUAACGGGAGUUACUGUUGAAGGAAAACACGCCAUUCUUAAGAAAGAAAAGGUCCUUAAUUCUCUACCACCUGAGUGGCCAGAGGAUCCUAUUGUUGAGAUUAAAAAACUGGAAGGUCACAACACUUCUAAAGUUUUAGUUGUCUUGGAUGACGACCCUACUGGAACACAAACAGUUCAUGACAUCGAAGUCCUGACAGAAUGGUAAACCUCGAUCACUUUGAAUUUCUUUGUUGUUAUUAACAACAUUAUCUAUAAACAUCAUCUUCUAUGGAUAAUUUAGGUAUGUUAUUCCUAAGUGGUGCUCUUUUAUUUCUAUGCAGUUUCUUUACUUGUAUCACGAUAUCAGUUAUAGAAUUGUCUGAGAUCUUAAGCUAAAAGAUGCACAUUGAAAACUGUUGGUCAUCAUACCUUGGUUUUAACUAUAUUUCUUACAUUUUCAAUUCAGGAGCGUCGAUUCUCUUGUUCAGCAGUUUUUGAAGAGACCUAGUUGUUUUUUCAUUUUAACCAAUUCCCGAUCACUAAGCUCAGAGAAGGUAAAUAAUCCAUGAGUCACUGGUUAUGGUGAUCCGACUUGAUACCAGUGACGCUUAAAUCCUUUUGUCUGUGAAAUGUAUUUGUAUGAUUAUAGCUGGACAUUAUUGCAUCGGUAACUCUAUUGUUUUGGUUUAAAUUGACAGGCUUACGGAUUAACUGAAGAAAUCUGUAGAAACAUAGAUACUGCGGCUAAAUCAGUUGGAGACGUUGAUUUUUCUGUGGUUUUGAGAGGUGAUUCAACACUCCGUGGUCACUUCCCACAGGCAAGUUUCUUGCUUUUCCAGUAAUCCAUCCUAUCAAUUGAUAUUUUUUAAUUAUAUAGAUUAUCGUAUUUCUCUUAAAGUUAUCAAAGUAUUUAAGGGUAGCUGUCUACAGGAACCAGAUGCAGCUGUUUCCGUACUAGGGGAGAUGGAUGCCUGGAUUAUAUGCCCUUUCUUUCUUCAAGGAGGUCGAUAUACUAUUAAUAAUAUUCACUACGUUGCAGAUUCCGACAGGUGUAUUUCUCACUCAGAUGCGUGAGAAAUUAGUAUCAUUGUAUAUUCAAUACACUGACUUGUUAAUGUGGCUCUCUUUUUUGUCAAUAGUCUUGUCCCUGCUGGUGAUACCGAGUUCUCUAAAGAUGCUGCGUUUGGCUACAAAGCUUCUAACCUCUGUGAAGUAUGAUCAUUUUACAUUGGAUGUCAUGAAGGAAAACAUUAUUAGCAUUAUAACUUGACUAAUGAGAAUUUAUGUGUUUUUUUGUGAUACGGAUCACUAGUGGGUUGAAGAGAAAACUAGAGGACAGAUUUCAGCCAGUAGUGUCGCAUCCAUCUCUAUUCAGCUUUUGAGAAAGGGAGGACCAUCUGCUGUAUGUGAGCAUCUUUGUAGUCUCCCAAAGGUGAACAGAAACUGUUGCUACCUUCUCGGGCUUUACUUUGGCAACUCUUUGUUAAUGCACCUGUAUGCGGUGGUUUAAAUUCAGUAAGAUGAUCCUGACUUAACAUUUUGUUUGAUAUUCUAUUCAUAUUUCUUUCUUUCUGCCUUCUUGUCGUUGGGAAACUAGUAUUAGUUGGUAAUAAUUUUUACUUCACCCAGAAAAAAACCAGUGCUGGACAAGAUACUGUAACUCUUGACUAGGAAGAUCCUAACAUCCUAGUUUUACCACAAUAGUCAUCUUGGUUAAGAUUGUCUUAAAUUGUAGAAUGGUAGUCCUCAAUUUGGUGUGCUGGAGAUCCCGCAACACAUUUGGCGAGGAAGAAAAACCUUUAUUGAACGAAAAAAAAGAAUCUGUUUUACAAGACGGAUGGGGUCCAGUAUUUAUACCAGACCCUUGAGAGUACAUAAUUAUAAGUAUUCAGGGCAUAUCUGCCAAUAUGAAAGUGCAUGGUUAGUUAUAAAAUCCUCAUGGCAACAUUCCCCCUCAAUUUGGUGAAUGAAUAUCAUUCAUUCCUAGCUUGUGAAGAAUUUCUUGUAGCUAUGUGCCUGAAACACCUUUGGUGAGCAUAUCUGCUAACUGAUCUUUAGUUGAAAUAUAUGGUAUACAAAUCAACUUUGUCUCAAGUUUUUCUUUAAUAAAAUGCCGAUCAAUCUCCACAUGUUUGGUACGAUCAUGAUGUAUUUGAUUAUGUACCGUGUUGAUUGCUGACUUAUUAUCACAGUGAAUCUUCAUAGAAUCCGAUAAAGGAAUAUGCGAUUCAUCAAGUAAUUUUUCAUUCAGAGAAGUUCACAAACCCCUUGGGCAAGUGAUCUGAGUUUUGCCUCAACACUUGAAUGGGCUACCACGGUCUGUGUUUUACUUCUCCAAGUAACCAGAUUCCCACCAAUAAAUGUGAGAUGACCAGUGGUUAAUUUCUGGUCAGUUAUUGACCCUGCAUAAUCAGCAUCUGUAAACAUUUUGACAUUUACUUUCCCACUGUGUUUGAAGAGUAUUCCUUUGCCGGGUGUGCCCUUUAAGUAAUAUAACACUCUAUAUGCUGCAUAUAAAUGAAUCUCUUUUGGCUGAUGCAUGAAUUGACUCAAGAUACUCACGGCGUAUGAGAUAUCUGGUCGAGUAUGCAUGAGGUAGAGUAAACAGCCAAUAAGCCAUAGGUACAUCUCACAAUCAACCUGGACUGCACCCUCCACCAAACAAUUGGUGUAGUAGCUGGUCUACUGCAGACUUUCCUGUUUCGGCCAACAGAUCUGUUAUGUAUUUUUUUUUUAGAGAUCAAAAUUCAUGAACUAGAGUGAGACACUUCGAUACCUAAAAAGUAUCUUAGGCAUCCCAAUGUCUUGACAUCAAAUGCUGAAGCCAAAUUAUAACUUAAGUUCUGUGCCCCUACAUCAUUAUUCCCUAAGAUGAUGAUUCAUCAACAUAGACCAAAAGCAUGGUUACUCCCCCUGAAGGAGAGUGUUUAAAGAACAGUGUAUGAUCAGCAUUACUUUAGGAGUAUUACAAUGUCUUCAUAGUGGCUAUAAACCGUCCAAACCAGGCACGUGGGGACUGUUUUAGUCCAUAGAGAGAUUUCUUUAGCUUGCAAACAAUGUUGGGAGAGACAUUAAACUCAUAGUAUGAUGGUAGUAUUAUAUUAACCUCUUCCAUAAGAUCACCAUGCAAAAAGGCAUUUUUUACAUCAUACUGUUAGAUAUCCCAACUGAAAAUCGCAGCUAGAGAUAAUAAGAAUCGGACAGUAUUGUACUUCACGAUAUACAUCCACUUGAAACCCAUUAUUUUCUUAUUUAGUGGUAAUGCUACCAAAUCCUAUGUCUCAUUUUUCUAAAGAGCCCUCAUUUCAUCAUCCAUGCUUGCUUCCACGUCAAGUUAGACAGAGUUUCAGAGAUAUUCUUAGGAACAGUAUAGGAAUCUAAGGAAGCUAGGAAUGACCUAUAAGGAGGUGACAACCGAUGGUAGGAUAAGAAAUUGGCUGCUGGAUAAAGGGGGUUUUAGUACAUUGUCUAAUAGGUUUCUGCAGGGCAAUUGGAAGUGAGUCACAUUGUAGGUUUGGUUGAUCAUCUUGUGACGAAGAAGGAGAUAUUUGGAUAUUUUCUAAGGCCUCAUUCGAAUCAUGGGCAGGUUGAGAAUCAUGAAUGACACCUUUUCUAGAAUAUACCUUGCCAAACCUCAAAUAUUCAGGAAGCGGAUCUGUUGUGGAAUGGGAUAUUUCAGGGGCUGAAAUAGGAAUAUCGAGCUGGAAAAGACUCAUGGAUAAUGGUAUUUUCUAUAGGCAAUGUAUGUUGUUCAUUUGACGACGACUGAUUGAAAUAAGGUACUGUUUCAUGAAAUGUUGCAUCCAUAGAAGUAAAAAAAUUCUUAGUUGGAGGGUGGUAACACUUAUAACUUUUUUGAUUAACAGCAUAAUCAAGAGAGAUACAUUUCAGUGAUCUUGGUGCAAGUUUUCUUUUAUUCUGUUUAUUAUUAUGAGCAAAAGAAAUACAUCCAAAUAUUCUUGGUUUAAUUUUAGUGUUAAUUUGGUGGUGUGAGAAAAAAUUGGCUCGGGAAUCUAUAGGACAGCAGAAGUCUAAGAUUCUAGAAGGCAUACGGUUGAUGAGGUAUGUGGCUGUGAGGAUACCCUCUCCCCAAAAAAUGUUUGGCACAUGAUGUUGAAAUAGAAUGGCUCCAGUUACCUCUACAAUAUGCCGAUUUUCCACUGUCACGAGAAUUUCAGAGACGGAAAGAAGAGGAUGCCUUGAUUAAAACUUUUCUGUGGGGAACCAUGAUUCCUCAAAUCAGUCGUGAUUUUUCUUCUUAGGCACUGUCAAAGAUUUAUGGAAGACAGUUCGCACCAAAUUCUCACAGAAAAAUAAUGAAGCUCACAUAUAUGAACUUGAGACAACGUCAAUGUCAAUGAUGCAAGGGAGUAAAACAGUGAUGAAAUAUGCAAGAGAAUUAAAGAAUCUUUAGGUGGAACUUGACUAUUAUCUUAGUCUUGACACUGAAAAACCCACUGAAAUUACUGCUUUAGGAAAUUUCAUAGACAAAAGGAGAGUGUUUAAAUUCUUGGAUGGUCUUAGUUCUAUGUUUGAUCAGGUCAGGCAAUAGAUAUUGAGCCGUGAGAAGAAAGUUGAGUUAGAUGAAGCUAUUUCAAUCAUCUUUAAUGAGGAAAAUCGCUGGAAAUUGAUGAUGUCAGGUCCAGAAAUAGAUAAUUCUGCAUUUAUGAUUAAACAAGGCGACAAUAUGAAGAAGACUACUGAUCCGCCUAAACCAUCUCAACAGGGUAAAGAAGGAAUCAGAAAACUGACUCUAGAGACAAUUUAUGCGUUCGUAAUGAAGUAAUUUCAGCAAGUUUUUCUGUGUCAAGACUAGGAUAAUAGUCAAGUUCCACCCAUAGAUUUUCUAAUUCUCCUGCAUAUUCCAUCACUAUUUUACUCCCUUGCAUCAUUGACAUUGACUUUGUCUCAAGUUCAUAUAUGUGAGCUUCAUUAUUUUCUGUGAGAAUUUGGUGUGAACCUUCUCCCGCAAGUCCUUGACAGUGGCUAAGAAGAAAAAAUCACGGCUGAGUUGAGGAAUCAUAGUUCCUCACAGCCAAGUUUUAAUCAGGGCAUCCUCUUCUCUCCAUCUCCGAAAUUCUCGUGACAUUGGGUCUGGUUUUCCCUCUAUCAAGUGGUGUACUAUGCCUCUUCCAGUUAAUACUUCACGUAUAUAUUCUGACCAUUGUAUCAGAUUAUAUCUCGUCAGCUUAAACUCUAGAGGCAUUGCAUGGAAUUCUAUCAAUACUCUUGUGCCUCCAGGAACAAGAUUAACCUCCUUGUGGAGAUUGAAUCACCCUCAGAAGAUGAAGUAACAUCUCCUGUAGCUUCCAUUUCAAGAAAUAGUAGGCUCACUUAGUGUAAAGACUGAUUUCGUGACCAAAUCUUGAACAGAAAUAUUCAACGAACAGUACAAAGACCGUAGUAGCAGAAUCACUAAGUGCAGAAGCGAAUUAGAGCGAUCGCACCUGUAUUCGCUCUAUGAAGAGGCUGCAGAGAUGGUGUGUCCCUCGCCAGAUAGAUGUGGCACCAACAGCAGCGGUACCUCCCUCACAACUAACCACAGAUCGUUAAGAGAGAGGAAUUUGAUAUCACAGCGGUACCUAGGCUCUGAUAUCAUGCAGAAUGGUAGUCCUCAAUUUGGUGUGCUGGAGAUACCGCAACACCUUUGGAGAGGAAGAAAAAAAUUAUUGAAUGGUAAACAAGAAUAUGUUUUACAAGACAGACGGGGUCCAGUAUUUAUACCAGACCCUUGAGAGUACAUGAUUACAAGUAUUCAGGGUAUAUCUGCCGAUAUGAAAGUACAGGGUUUACUUAUAAAAUCCUCUUGACGACAUAAACAAUUUUGCAUCAUCUCAUGUCACAAAGUGCGAAUUUUGAAGUUUACAACAAAAUAGAUUAUAUAUUCAUCCGUCUUAAUGUCAUAAUGUGUUAUGUUAUUUUAUUUUAGUACUUGUCAGUAACGCAUGCCGGGUCAUAAGAUCACUCUGAUACAGUUAGAUCGUAACACAUUCGACAGUGGCUAUUGAAUAUCUUGUGAAUGUCAUGAAUAAAAACUUGGAAGAUACGCUGAUCAAAUAACAGUCCUUGUCAUGGACCAGAAUAAUACUGCAGACGAUAGCUCUCAUAAAAACGUGAAUUCCUUUCUUUUUUUUCUAAAUCUUGAAGAAUUAUUUUUUUGAACCAGGGAACAACAUUCAGGAUCAGUGUUUAGCUUUCAUUUAAUUGCUAUAGAAAGUCGGGUUUGACCGUGAGAAUUGAAAUUUCAACAACUUGCUCUAUGAUUUUUUAUUAUAAUUUCUGACAGUUGCAUCGUGUAAUUGUUGGAACAAAUACAUUACUUAAAUCCUUACAUUUUAAGUUUCAUGCGCCAUGAAUGUUGCCAGGGAUCAGUUUGCAUAGUAAAUGCAGCUAGUGACAGAGAUGUAGCUGUAUUUGCCGCAGGAAUGAUCCAGGCAAGUCAGAUUACUACCCUCUUACUUUCUCUGGUAUCGUUACUUUACUAGUUUUUUUUUCUUUGAUUUUUUUAUUAAUCAAACGAUUAUUCAACAGGCUGAAAUGAAAGGAAAAUGUUUCUUAUGUCGAACCGCCGCAAGUUUUGUAUCUGCUCGGAUUGGUAUAAAACCGAAGGCUCCCAUCUCCCCAGAUAAUUUAUCUGGAAAGCUUCUUAAAACUGGGGGUCUCAUAGUUGUGGGUUCUUAUGUCCCAAAGACCACAAAGCAGGUCUAUUUUUUCACUUUCAUCCUAUGUUUUUGUUUACAUGUAAUACAUUGAAUUUGAAAUUAAUUACUUGGUACUAAAUUCUGCAGAUUUUGGGUCUGAAAUCAAAACUUGGGCAUGUUAUUAAAUGCAUAGAGGUGACUUUUUCAUCCCCAGGUCCCUAAUGACAUUUUUCGAUUUUUAUUUAUGAUAUGAUUCGGAUUACAAAUUUAAAUUAUAAUAUGGGCGGAAUAAGAUAUCAUGGCUAUAACAUCUUUAUUUUCGCCUGAUUGAUAUCCUUCUCUGAAGCAGGUCUCUGUUGAUAAACUUUCUAUGAGUUCAUCUGAAGUGAGGGAGGAGGAAAUUAGGCAUGCAGCUGAAAGUGCAAGUUCCUAUCUUAGACUUGGGAAAGAUACACUUCUGAUGACUAGUAGGGAGCUUAUUAAGGGGAAAAGUAAGUCGUUACCCUUUGUUUUCGUCGUAUAUCCAGUUGCAUUAUGUUUAUAUUAUCAUUUUCUCUUCGAUAAAUAAGUGGUGCUUUGAAAAAUAGGGAGAGGCAUUCCAUUAAUGUGGACAAAUAUUCAGUUUUUGGGUUUGAUAUGUGCGAGGUUUUCGAUAUAAACGAAUCGAUAUUAAAAGAUACUAACGCGGACAGUUUCUGUCAACCAUGUCAUACAUGUUUGAUCAUACGUCCAGUUGGCAUGACAAAACAUGGAAAAGUCAUGUCAUAAGAUUCGCUAAAGCAGCAACAGUCUGCUCAGUUGAGGGAAAGUGAUUGGAAUAAGGCAGGAAACAGGGAUGGGUCUAUCGCAGGUAUGAAGAACGAAAAAAUAUCAAUCAUAGUAUGUUUUUUGUCUAAUCUGUGGAAAUUAUAUCUUCUGGUACAUUAGAUUCACGCCAGCGGAACUAGAUCCAAAACCCAGUAAUCUCAUUUUUCGUUCCAUUGCAUUGCGCCGUCUGCUUCUCGUGAAUGAAGCGUUUUCUUCAUUCUGAUGUCAGUCAACACUGGUUUGUCUCAAGGUAAUAGUCCUCACGUCCUAAGUUGCAAAGAUCAUUCUUCUCUCCAUCAAUUUCUCACAACUCGAUCUGAAGUUUCAAACUUGAAUUGACCCAUUCUGGGGCCAUUUUUUUUGUACACGUAGAAUUCCUAUCUUGUAGGGCCUAAAAAAUAAACUUAUUAAUGUCUCCCAGUACAAAAUUUUGAUAUGUAUAACAAAUUCCCUGAUGUCUAGCACGAUCAAUGUUAAUUACUGAUGAUGCAAAAUUAUUUUCUCGAAUAUUUAUCUUAUUUUUGGAGGUGCAAUAUUAUUCAUGUAAAACGUUAUUGUGCAGCUCCUUCUGAGAGUUUAGAGAUUAACUUCAAAGUGAGCUCUGCAUUGGUGGAGAUCGUUAGGAGAAUAAAUGUACGACCACGUUAUAUAAUUGCAAAGGUAUUUAAACAUCAUUCUUGAGGGUACAUCAUCAUUCAGUGGUUUAUGAAUAUUUAUGUAUAUUCUCUUGAUAUUAAGGCUCUUAUUCUUUUAUUGUGCUUGAAUUUCUUUUUUCUCCCUCUGUUUAUUCUUUUAUAUCCUAUGUUUCAUGUCUUCUGAUUAAGCUAUGACUAUGAUUUCCAGGGAGGAAUCACUUCAUCAGACCUUGCUACUAAAGCUUUAGAAGCUCAUCGGGCACAGGUUGUUGGCCAAGCUUUGCCUGGCGUUCCCUUUUGGGAGCUAGGACCAGAAAGUAGAUAUCCAGGGAUUCCAUAUAUUGUUUUUCCAGGUAAAAGCUUAUCUUAUAUAUGUUUGUAUGGACGAAGGUAGAGGAUGUUCUCACAAUUUAAUGAAUUUCUCUACCUACAUGCCUAACCCCCGCGUCCUACAGGUAAUGUUGGUGACGAUAAUUCUCUGGCAGAAGUUGUGCAGAAGUGGUCUCAUCCACCAUUGAAGUCUUCGACAAAAGAGCUACUUGUUGUAAGUGUCUUAUUUGGAAACAUGUGUUUAUGGAUUUUUACAAUAAUACAUUUCUUCUUCCUGAAGAAUGCGGAAAAGAGUGGGUAUGCUGUUGGUGCAUUCAAUGUAUACAAUCUUGAAGGGGUAGAAGCAGUUAUUGCCGCUGCAGAAGCUGAAAAAAGUCCUGCCAUCUUGCAGGUAGGGAUGAGUUAUUCAAAUGUCUUUAGAACAACUGUCUUUAGAAGCGUCAUAACGUCCAUGGACGUGACGCCUCAAGUUAUAUUUAUUGAUUGAAAUAUAAAUUAUGUGAAAACCCACCCUUUUCUGAAUUUUGGUCAAAGUUGCCUGCUGGUAAACUUUUUCUAGUUCACAAAAGCUAUUGUUAGUUAGUUGAAAAAAUUUAAGUUUGCUACAUUGUCCUGUUACAGUCUGCUUUGUUUCUUCACUGUAUCUUUUCCAAAUGUAUUCACAGAAGCAAAUUGAAAAGAUGUUCUGAAACAGUCUGGUCAUCAUGUCCAUUAUUCUCCUCAAGACAGCACUACACCUAUCAUCUCUAGUUUCUUUGGAACCUUUUUCCACUCUAGGAUACUAUCUGAUUAACAGAGAAACAAAGACCUUUAUAGCGAUAUUUAUGUCCCUCUCUGCGCCUCAAAAACUAAUGCGUCAGUCUGCCCAAGACCCACUCAACUGAGCUUGUUGAGUCAUGCACGUGCCCCUAAACAAUGUAGAAAUAAAUAUGGAUUACAUUUAAAAAGUGCAUGGAUAUGUCUACAUUAAUAGAAACUAAUACUUAAUAUACCUCUUUUAUUGCCCAAUCCCUAUCCCGCAUACUAAUGAACAUUCGCUCUGGAAGUGAAAGGAGAAUAAGUAGGAAAUGCUGUAAUGAGCUUUGCAAGCACAGGAAACAAUGAACCAAUGAGAUGAAUUUCUCCUAGUCCAUUUAUAUCACGUCCAAGCAAUAUGGGAUUAACUUUUCAUGGUUUAUCAACCCUUGGUCUUUAUCACAAAAAUAUCAUAAAUACGGUGCCAGCCGUACAAGAGAAAAUAUCAGCUCUAGUAUCACAAUGCUGCAACAGACCGUCUUUCAAGAAAGCUGAAGGAGAAAGCCACAAGGGAUUAAAUAAGGCUGUCGUAUUUUAAGCACCAGGGAACAGGAUUUAAAGCCCUGGUGCUUAAAAUACGUGCAUAGAAGUUUUCUUCUUCUGUAUGAUGAUUAGGUUGGAAUUUUUCUUCUUGUAGGAUACUCCUUACUGAUACACAUUCUAGAAUAGUGCAUUGCUUUGCUCAAAUUCUAUGUAAAAUCUACGAAACAAUUAAUGAUGUCUUGUUCGAUUUUACCAAAUAAUAAAUUCCGUAGUGUCAUUAUCCUUUUUUUUCCAAAAUAGCGAAGAUUAGUUCAAAUCCGCAUAUUUUAUCUUUCAGGUGCAUCCUGGCGCUCUGAAGCUUGGAGGACACCCUCUAGUUGCUUGUUGCAUCUAUGCUGCUGAACGAGCCAGUGUAAGUAGAAUUCAAAUGAAGACUAGUAUGAUAAAAACUGCUUUUCGGAAGCCUAACGUUACCAGAUUGAAAGCAUCAUCGUGCUAGUAUUUGGCAUCAUGGGUAUGCUAUAUAUAGGACAUGCAUUGACAGGUGCUUGGGGGCCGAUAUGCUUACUGAGGAGUUUAACAAAAUCCAACUUCAUAUUUAUAAAAAAAAAAAAAAAAAAAAAAAAUUGUCUGCACUUACCUCAGUAUUCUGAUACAGAUCGUGUCCUUUUGUCACUUGUCCUUUUCUUUUGCCAUCUCUUUUAGCUCCUAGAAGAAUCCAGUACACGCACUGGAAAAGUUUCGUUCUUUAUAGUGCCAUACAUGAAGAAGGUUAAUAUAAUUCAUAUAAAGAAGAAGCAUCUAGUUUUGGUUUAGCAAAAAUAGUUUAACAUACUAUCCCAAUCAUCAACUUUCUGUUUUUAUCAAUUUUAGAGUGUUAACAUAAGAUAGGGAAAAAAAAAACCACUCACUCUAUGUGCUUUUAUAAUGAAUAUGCUCCAGUAAAAGUACAUGUUACUCGUUAUUAAAGGUAGAUAGGUGAGAAAUACGUCUUUUCGUGCCUUUAAGUGUUGCUCCAGGAGUUACCAUACUCUAUAUGUUCACUUGUAACAUCUCAACUAAGAUCAGUCUCUUUUUAGGAUGAACCUCUUCCACGUUGUACACAUGUGUACCAUGUUUGUCACUGUUUUUCAACUGCGUAUGGACUUGUGAAACUUGCCAGAUCUCGACUCCUUUCAACUUAAUUCAUUCCAAGUUGAAAUGGCAUAGAAUGUCUAAACAAAAGCUAGAGCCUCCCUUAACAAAUCAUCUAUGGAUGUCUGGUUCCGUUCAGUGAGAUCCUUGGACUUGCCCUAUGUUUUUCAUGGCAGGUGCCUAUUGCUGUUCAGUUUGAUCACGGGAGUUCUCAGCAGGAGCUGUUGGAAGCCCUUGAAUUGGUAUAUUUUGCUAACUAUAUCACUCUUGUUGUAGUUCAAUAACUACUUUAUUGUCUAUUAUAGCCACAUUAGAACCUAUUUAAAUAGCAUCUUCAUCUUCCACCAUUGACUACGCUGUGUCUUUUGGACGAGCACAAGGAGAUGCUGCUAAGUCUCUACUCACUGCAGGGUUUCAAUUCAAUCAUGGUUGAUGGUUCACAUCUUCCUUUUGAGGAGAACAUCUCCUUUACAAAGCACAUAUCGUCCUUGGCACAUGCAAGUAAUAUAAUGGUGGAAGCUGAACUUGGACGACUGUCAGGCACGGAAGAUGACUUGACUGUUGAGGAUUAUGAAGCGAGAUUAACUGAUAUGACUCAAGUAAAUAUCUCCAUAGAAUAUAUUUUUCUUUUGUUAAAGAUCAGUGGAGAUUGGUAACUUGGCUCCACGUGUUUCAGGCUGAAAAAUUCAUUGAUGAGACGGGAAUUGAUGCUUUGGCCGUGUGCAUCGGAAAUGUCCACGGAAAAUAUCCAGCUUCUGGCCCAAAUCUGAGACUUGACUUACUGAAGGUUUACUACUAUCUUCUGAUGCACAACUGGGAUAUAUUUAUAUUUCAAUAGAUAAGCAAGAAUAACUUCCACGCGUCUCAGCUCACACUCUCUACAGCCUUUUGGAUGUUUGGCUGACAGUAGAUGUUCCUUGAGCUUCACAAACCUACGGUUCACACCCACCACCCUUAGCUUCUAGGUGUAUUUAAUCCAGGACAAUCCGUUGACUAGAUGAUGAACUUUUUUUAAGAGAUGUUUCUUUCACAUUCAGCCACCUUAAUUUUUUUCAGUUAGAUCAGCAGUCAGUUUCACUUUCACUCAGGAAAAAAAAAAAAUUAUAUAUAUAUAUAUAUUCACCAUAGAUGUGAUGAUCACAGGCUCCAACAGGUGGACAUCUAGUUCAAAGCCAUGGCCACUCAGGUUGUCCAUCAUUCAUAUAUACCUGCAGCUUCUAUUAUAAAACUGACUGAUAAAUCAUGGAACUGUACCAGACACAGAAGUUGACCGAAUUUAUUCUUGAAAGCUUUAAUUUUCACCAUGUAGAAAGAAGUGAUUGCCUCUCUAAUUUAGUCAUCCUCUUGUUAGAUCAUCAUGUUCACACUACUCAUGUAGACCCAAUUCUUUUCCUUAAUAUCCAGUAUUAUUUUGAGUAUCUCAAUAAGCUUUGUGCACUAAGAUAGUUCGCUAAAAGUUCACUCUUUGCAACUCUUGAUUUUUUUUUCUUUUCUUUUAUUCUUUCAAUCUAUGAACCCCGACCACUGUAGCAUGUCAAACAGGCUUGUAGACUUGCCACACUUCUGCUCUCUAGUGGUUCAAUCUGUCCGAAAAUUUUAUGAUUCAGUUCACAGAUGAUCGUCUUUACCUUUUAGAGCCAUCGUUGACUUUCAGUUCAUGUAUGUUCUGAUUUUGAGAAUUUUUUUACCAAAAAUCGCUCAGAGUAUCGGUGCGUUCUUGUUGACAGGAUCUGCAUGAACUAGCUUCAAAGAAAGGGAUCGCUCUUGUUCUCCAUGGAGCAUCCGGAUUGCCAGAGGAACUUAUAAAGGUCAGACCGCCCCUUCAUCCCUCCCAUGUAUCGGUAGAGACUCGUACAGUGAUGGGAAUCGGAUUCCUGCUUUUUCCGCCAAAAUCAUAGCCAGUGCUUGCAUAUUCUGGGUAUAAAAAAAAUGUUCUGAUGAGAUUCCGGUCACCAUUUGAAGAAAUAAAGCCGCGUUCUGGAGAUCAGGGAAAGGUCAAACACUGAUAGCUGGAAUCGAUUCCCUGUUCGAGAGCAUCUACAAGGGUAAAUCAUGUCGCAGUGAUUCGUUAGGUUCACAGGUCCUGGGUUGUAUAUAUUAGGCAAGAACAUUUGUAGGCUCUAACCCACUCCCAUUCAUACAUAGCCCAUCAAAUCGGAUCUGAUCUUCAAUCUAACAAGAGUUAGCCCUCACCCCAGUCUGACACAGAAUCCUUCCGAUUCCCAUCGCCUUGCCCUAGAUUUUAUUCCAUAAAAAGCUUCAUUUUUUAUGUGCAUAUAUAUAUAUAUAUAUAUAUAUAUAUAUAUAGAGAGAGAGAGAGAGAGAGAGAGAGAGAGAGAGAGAGAGCCCGCUUCUGAGUGGGAUAUGAGGAGGGGGGGCGACCAAAGCUAACGAGGGUCUGUGAUGUACAGGAAUGCGCAGGAGCUGGCGUCCGGAAGUUCAAUGUGAACACGGAGGUCAGAAACGCCUACUUGGAGUCUCUGAGGAAGCCCAGCAAAGAUCUGGUCCACGUUAUGUCCUCGGCAAAGGAUGCCAUGAAAGCCGUCGUCGUGGAGAAGAUGCGCCUCUUCGGCUCCUCCGGUAGGGCUUGA